CAGCAACGCACCAGGAAAACAAUGACGACACCUAAUGGGGAAAGUCAGUGUGCACGAGGUUUGAAUCGUCUUGAAGUGUUUGUUCAGUAGAAGCAGAGCAGGAACACUCCGGAACUCCGUGGACAUGGAUGUGCAGAAGUAUCUGACCCGGAUCGGGUCCCUUGUCCCGGCUGAGCCCGACCUGGACGCCCUGCGGUCGCUCCACACUCGUCACUUGCUGUCGGUGCCGUUCGACGACCUGACGGUGCACAGCGGCGGGCGAGUCGAGCUCGAUCUCCCGCUGAUCUACGACAAGAUCGUGACCCGGCGCCGAGGAGGCCUCUGCUACGAGAACAACGGGCUCUUCUCCUGGCUGCUGUCCUCACUGGGCUUCCAGGUGACCAUGCUCUCCGCCCAGGUGAAGAACUGCGGGGUCUACGGGCCACCGUUUGACCACCUCGCCCUCCUGGUGACCCUCCAGGGCCGCCGCUGGCUGUGCGACGUUGGUUUCGGCGCAGCAGGCUUCUCUGUGCCGCUUUCUCUGGAGACCAGCGGGCCCCAGGUGGAGGGCCACGGAGUCAACCGCAUCAGAAAGCAAGGGGAUGUGCACUUUCUGGAAUGGCAAGGAGAGAACACAGGUGCGGAUGGAGUCUGGAAGGAGCUCUACAAGUUCACCCUCGAUCCCAGGCGCCUGGAGGACUUCACGGACAUGUGCCAGUACCACCAGAUCUCCACCUGCUCACUCAUCUUCUGCAAAUCCCUCUGCGUUAUUUUGAAACCAGGUGGAUGGCUCAUCUGCAUGGGUCGCAGACUCAUCUCCACCACUUUCACCACUGAGGGAGCAGGGUUCAAAACCACCACCAGAGUACUUCAAGAUGAGGAGAUUGCCAUCAUUUUGGCAGAGGAGUUUGGAAUUGUGCUGAAUUCUCCACUCACACCAAAGGAUGAGACAAUGACACCACCCCCGGUCAUGUAUUGAUCAUAUGGAAUAUCCAUGUAUCAUCACAAACAAAUCUAAGAUAAAUCUGCUGGAUCCAGACAAAUCAAUCUUAGUCAGAUUCAACCCUUUGUCUGCACCUGUGCCAAAAUGUAAUGGGAAUUUUAAUAGUAAUCUUGUUUAAAAACUACCAAACAAUUGUACACGGGUGAAAAUACAACCUGCUUGUCAAAGGGAAUUAUGGAAAAACAAUAUUUGUACUUAUUGAGAUGACUUCAGUGUGUCGUUGACUCCUCAUACAAAUAUGAUUUGUGGCUCUUGUCUAAAACUCACCUUUGUACUGUCACAACCCUACCCCCCCCCCCCCCCCGCUUGUUAAACAACAACCACAUCGUCACAAAUACACCAACAAAAAGAUAAAUUGUCAGUUUGAUUUAAUAAAUUAUACAUACACUUUUAA